CCCAAGUAGGUAAGUGACAAACUGCAAUAUCACUUCUUCUUGCCCAUUUAGCAAACUCCCACCAUUUUACUAUGUUUUUGAUAAACGACAAAAAACUUUCUAAAUUUUAGAUCUUUUUAAGUGUCUAACUAAAAACAUAUUCUAGGAAGAUAUAUCUUUAUGAUGAACCAAAUAUUUUUUGAGAAAAUCUCAAAAUAUCCAUUUUGUGGAUGUUUUUUGAGAAUUCACAGACUGUUUUCACAAAAAAUACAUUUGCCAACAGAUUAAUAACAUAAUAUUGGGAAUUAUAUUCUAACUUACCACUUACUCAACUACCAAAAAAAUGACAUUAUUUUCGUUACUUUUCUUUCUUAUAGCAAGCUUUUCUGUUUCAUCGGUUUCCUGUAACCCACAAGAAAACAACUUUCUAGUGAAAAACAGAAUAGUAGGUGGGGAUGAGGUUGACAUCUCUGAAGUUCCUUGGCAAGUGGCUCUUCAAAAUAAUGGUAACCAUUUCUGUGGUGGUUCUAUAAUAAGUGAAAAAUAUGUUGUCACUGCCGCUCAUUGCACCGAUGAAAUCCUUUUGGAAAAUAUAGCAACUCAAGUCGGUUCCAGUUUUAAACAGUCUUCAGGUCAAAUAGUCGGCGUGAAAAACAUCUAUCAACAUCCUAACUACAUUUCCUCGACUAACGAUUUCGACAUUUCUAUUUUGGAAUUAGAAAGUCCUUUAGAAUUCGGAUCUGAAAUAUCUCCAGUCUCUCUUCCAUCUUCUGACAAAGUAUGGGAAGUUGGUACUUCUGCUUUUGUUACAGGAUGGGGGCUUACAUCUGAGGAUGGUUCAACUUCUUCGCAACUACGAGGUGCUACUGUUCACAUAAUCAGUAAAUCGGAUUGCAUAGUUGCAUAUGACCAAAAUCUUAUUACAAGUCGUAUGUUAUGCGCUGAUAAUCCUAAACGUGGCAAGGAUGCUUGUCAAGGAGAUUCUGGGGGUCCAAUGGUUGUUGGUGAUGUUCUUGCAGGUAUUGUUUCCUGGGGUGAAGGAUGUGCAAGACCUGAUGCUCCCGGAGUUUAUACUGACGUUGCUGUACUUCGCGAUUUUAUCAAGGAAAAUACAGGAAUUUGAAAUUGUAAAAUGAAAAAAUAAAGAUUGAAAUAAUCACAAUCAUGUAUUAGAAUUAAAAAAAUAGAGCUCUAU